CGUUCUACAUUCUGAUCCGAGGAUCAGCUGGAGGCAGCAAUAAACAGAAGGAAAAGCUGCAGCGGAAAAAAAUAGAGGAGAGGAGGAGAAAAAAGCUGCAGAUGUUAUGAUUUGAAAACAUCAGUGUAAUAUUUUUACACGAAGCCCUUCUUCUAAGAAGAAAGCCUUUUAUUUUUUAUAAUGGUGUUUUAACUACCUCACUUAAAGACUAUUUAAAGCUAUGCUUUAAGAAUUGUUGUCGUUUCUACUGUGUGUCAGCUCUCGUUUACAACUUGAAUAAUAUUGCAAGGGCAGGCCUUUGCUCCAAAACCAAGUGAAACCUUAUAUUUGCACUACAGAAGCCUGUCCACGAGAUCCAGCAAAGGGCUUCAAUUGAGAGAGAGAGAGAAAAAAAAGAAAAUCAAAAAAUUACAUAAAAUAGCAACAAGUGAUUUGUAAACACAAAUUCAAAAAGGCAGCUACAGCUUUUUCUUUUGUGGACAACAAAACUCACCUGAGUCAUCAAUACUUGACAACACAAACAGUCAUGUUUCAGCGUCUGAGCAACCUGUUGUUUGGGGAGGUAGAAGAGGUGGAGGCUGAGCUGAAGGGACCCAACCCCUGUGUGACGGAGGCCGACGAGGAGGGAUGGAUGAUCGUCAACCUGUCUGAAGAAUCUGAAUGUGUGAUGCAGGCCGAGGAUGAGACGGGAGGCCCAGUGAUUGCACAAUCAUUUCCAGACAGUAUCCAAUCAAAUUAUCAAGACACACGUACAAGGACUGAAUGCCCGGACCCCAUUCCCCAUGCACCUCACAAGCGCCGUAGGACACAUAAAGGUCGGGCGCGAGGUGCAGUCGCAUCGUCAGACCCCCUGUCUUGUCCAAGUGCUAGUCCGUCAGACUUGGGUGCCACUACACCCGUGACCCUGCCGAGACGGGCCAGACUGUCCACGCCGUCCUCCACCCCAUCAAUGUCCCCUGGCUCUGGAACUGAGUGUGGGGGCAGUGGGGGUAGCAGUAGGGCAGGCCCAGAGAGAGGCUGCAUGGAUGAGAGCUGGUUUGUCACCCCUCCCCCCUGUUUCACUGCAGAGGGAGCCACAGCGGAGGCCAGCCCGAUGGAGGACCUGCUCAUCGAGCACCCUAGCAUGUCUGUGUAUGUCUCCUCGAACAACUUGUCCAUGGUCUCCAACAGUAACCUGUCUGUGGUGGGAGAGGAAAGCAUUGUCAGCCUGGCAAGCAGCGUGAGCAGGGUGGCUGAACCAGCUGCUGUGCCUGCCACCCUCAGCACUAUGCCCACCAGGGUGAGCCGUGGAGCAGCUGCCCAGGCCGGAGCUCUGGCCAAGGUCACCCAAGUGGCCAGGGUCCAGCGUAGCAAAGCCCGCAUCGAGCGGCGCCAUCUGGGACGCAACCGCAUUCAACGGCAAAACCUCACCAGGGAGCACGUCCCCCGUCAUGCAUCCCACGCCAGAAACACCUUCCUUCACCAGCCCAGCAAGCGUAACAUCUGCCACUAAGCUAACCGGCAACCAGGGGGCAUGUUUACUCUGAGGGCAUUAGUAAAGCAUAGUCAUCUCCAAGAACACAUGAUUAAAUGUGUUCAAAUACCAGUAGAACCAGUAGCUUUUUUGUUUUUAUUUAGUCACAAACUGACUCUACCUGGUAGUUUUAUGCCCCAUUUUGCUGUCAUAAACCAAGCCCUCUGAGUAGAUCCAGACCUUAAUUACAUGUAUUGUCCAUUGCAGUAUCCAAACAACAAAAAAGUCUUCAUAAAUAUUUAUACAGGUUAUACUUAAUAAUGUCUGAAAAACAACAAAAAGUUAAGUUCUACUGAUUUUUUUUAUCCUGACUACAUACUGAUAUUUUCUUUUUCCUUUUCACUCUUCUUCAUUAAUUCAAUAAUUUAAUCCCUAAAUCCCUACUUAUUUAAAUAGUUAAAUUUGGAGAUAAUGAACUGAAAUUUAAAAAACAAACAAACAAAAAUAAAAAAAACAAGUGUACUUUAAAAAGACUUUUGCUGGUGGAAACAGUGCAAGACGGAGAAAAGCCUCAGUAUCUUUGCAGAGAAAACAACUCAUCACGUCUUCGAAGUUUUAUGUCAAAGGUGAUUUUUUUUCCAGAAAUGGCGGAAGGAUAUACCGUGUGUGAUGAGUGUGAGAGGAAAAUCACUAGACAUUUGUUUAUUCCCAAUUUGGUCUGUCCGCUUGCAAAGGAAACCUGAGCAACGCAUUUCAUCAUAGGAAACAAACGUUGUGAUAUUUCUCUCUCCUCACUUUGAGAAGGAUGAAAACAAGUAGAAGAUGGUUGAGAGUAUGAGCAAAACAGACUAAAGAGUAAAAAGAAAAUGUCCUGAUAAGUCAGAACUAAUUAGUAUUAAAACGGAUGUGGUAAACAUGAAAUGGCUAUAAGGAAAGUGUAAUGUAACCCUGCGAGCAGCCCUUGUUUUUCAUAUUUUAUCUGUAUUGCUUUGGAUAAUGAAUAAGGCACCUUCUUUUUGUGAACAUGAAGGACUGUGUUAUGGGCACCCAUAAAGACUAUAUAAAUAGAAAUAAAGAUAAGAAGUGUAAAUGGAGUUGAGGUGAAAGCAUACAGGGCUUGCCUUUGGGUUACAGGGUAUGACAGGUUUCAGUAAGUGCAGAGCGGUAUUGAUGGCAACUCUUUAUUUUGUUUUGUUAGACUGUUUUCUGUUCACUUUGUCCCUUAAAUUUUAACACUAUUUUAAAGUCUUUCUCUCUCUCUGCAUUGUUCCACCAAAGAAAGAAAAGAAAGUUCAUGUCAGACAAAGAGAAAGUACACACACACACACACACACACAAAAUUGCUCCCUGUGGAUCAUACACAUCAUAAAGAUCAUCAAAUGUGUGUUUGGUGAACUAAAGUAAUGUGCCCGGCACACCUCAGCCAUUUUCAUCCAUGGUGUGUGCUGUGAUCUUAUAUUUUCUACACAAAUACCAAAAAGAAAGUAUGAUGUACUGGCACGUAAGUUCCAUUCAUUGUCACUGAAUGCAGGAGGCAACUGUCAGGAGAAGGCAGAAGAAACGCCUCCUUAUCUUAACGACACCCAUCUUUCCCUCACAACACAUUUAAAGAAUACCAUCUUGCUUAUGGAUGUGCGGCCUGUCUGUCCCUUUCUCGUUAGCACAUCCAGCACUAACAGUGUCCACUUAAAGAUUUAGCUUACUGAUAUGUAUUCAACAACAAUAGUAAACAAUGGUGCUGAAGUGUAUACUAAUGUUUGUAAAUUAUUUGAGACAUGGAUGUAAGUUUGCACUGUCAUACAUUUUGUGAGUCAAAGUUUUAGCGGUGUGCUGUGUGCUUGUUUUUCCUUUGUGAUUUUUUUUUCUCCCCAUUUUCGUUUUCAUCCAAAUUGUGUGUGAGAAGGUGUACUGACACGUUAAAUGCUAGAAACUCUUUUAAAAAAAAAAAUACAUGAAUAAUGGUCAUUUAUUUGUCUUGUAAAUAUUGCGAAACGACUUAUAACGCUCUGUUAGAUGUCAAAGCCUCUCAGGACUUGAGUCCACUAUGUUGUGUGCAACAGGACUAGCGAAAAUCCGGUCCAUGCCUCACCUCUGUGCUCAUUAUCAAAUCAAGAGGGCAUUUCAGUGGCCAAACGCAGUGUCUCUGCCCCCAACUUAAGCCUCAUCUCCUCGAGAUAAAGACAGCACAAGACUCAGAGUUGAUGUGCCAUAGGCAAACACUGCCCCCCAGAGGGUCCACUUAGCACAGCAUUAGCUGUAUGGAUGCUGGUGAGGACACGGUACAGUGACAUGGCUUUUACACAAUCUGUACUGAUGUGUUCAAAGGACUGACUGAGAAUCUGGGGAUUGGAGAUGUCUCUUUAAGAUAAUCCAGACAACAAUGGUACAUUAUUUUUUCUUGAAUCGCGUACUACAGUUUUUUUUUCAUUUAUGCUAAUAUCCCUAUAAAUAACUCUGUUUGACUCCAAAUCUGUUAAUAUCUCUUAAUUUAUGAUAAAAUUAUGAUUAUGAUUUAUUUUCUGUUUAAAGAUGACUCUUAUGUAUCCUGUCGAUUCCUCUGAAUGGUGUAGGAGAUGGAUCUGGGGUGAUAAGUCUGACAUGCACACAUAGUGAGCUCUAAGUAGGCUUCCUCUCUCCACAGGGGUUUAAUAUUCUAAUUGAAUGCGUCUCUGAAGUUGAAUUCUGUUUACCUGUUGUAAAAUAGUACAUACAGAGUGAAAACGAGGCUAUAAUGAGAGACAUCACAGGUAGAAGUUGUGUGUGCAUGUAGCAUGUCAAGAUCACCACAGAUACCCAUCUGUUGCUGCAAAUCUGACCUGUUUUCCAUAUUUUUAUUUUUUCCUUUUUUCACCAGUGUCAUGUAAAAAAGGAAAUGUGUUCUCAGUAUGUUGUGUGUGAUUAUUGAAAGGUGUGGUUUGAGAUUGAAAGUCAUCCAACAAAGGGGAGAGGGAGUGGUCACCAGGUGUUUCGAGCUCAUGUGGUGGACAGGGAAAGGAUGAGGCAGGAGAAACAUAGCUUAUAUAUUACAAACAAAUUUAAAUGUAUCAUAAAAAUAUAUAUAGUAGAAUAUGCUUGUAUUUUCCCAUAUAGUUAUUAGAACAACUGUUCACUAAUAGGAUGUUUUACAUGAAAGGCGUUGAAUGUCUGGGGAGUUUCAAAUGUUUUAUGUUGUGCCCUGAAAUGAUGGCAGCUUAAAAACACUUGGGGUUUAGCCCAUUUUACAUCUCAAUUAGUACCCCCCCCCCCCCAUAAAAAAAAAGAAAUAUAUUGACAUAUAAAAUUUGGUGUAUCUGAUUAUCUACAGUAUGGUGAUUGUGCCUUUCACUAUUUCUGCAUGGUUUUUGUGAUGUACUGAUUUUUCCAUCCCCAAAGUGGACGGUCGUUCACUGACAGGCAAGAGACCUAUGCAAAAAUCAAUGGAUGGGUUUUCCAGCAUCCAUUCAGAAAACACAGGUACCCGCCAAAAAAAACAACAACAACAAUAAUAAAUACUCAGGUUAACUCCUGAA